UGAUUAGCGAUAAUAUGAUGAAUGAUAUCGGCCGAAGGAGUAUGUCGAGCAAGGUCAUUGCGUAAAUAUACGACGCGAUAAAUUGGCCGCGCUCUCGAGAUUAUUUAAGAAAAGGCCCUGGACGUGCGAGAGAAUUAUAUUCUAGGCGUGUACACAUACCAUUUUUGGAAUAUUAAUUCAAUAUUUGAAAUAUUUCGCACCGAAAAUAACUAGGCAAUCUAAGAAUAGCAAUCAAUAAAAUGUUGACAGAGAGGGAGUGAAAAUUAGAAGAUAACGGAAAGAGAGAAAGAGACAGAAGAAGAUAGAGAACAAGAGAGGGGAAGGUAUAGAUAUAUAUAUAUAUAUAUAUACACAUAUAUAUAUAUUAUAUAUUAACGCGUCACGUCGUUCUCGUUCUGUCGCGCGAGAACGAGAGGCGCGAAGAGAUUACGGUGUAUGUUUAUAUGCUUCCCGAUGCGGCGAACGAGACUGAGAUUAAAUAACGGUUGCUUUACCGUAAUAUAACAAUUCGAUCUGUGAGAAAUCAGGUGCAUUAGGUGUGUGUCGUAAAAGUGCCUUUUCUGUCAUUAACGCACGCAAAAUGUUUCAGAGAGACGGAGUGAAAUUAAGACAGCGCAUAGGGAAGGGAACGUCGGUCGAAUUAUCUUACGAGAACAAGAUCGCUUUGAAGAAGCAAGACGUACUGCCAAACGAAACCCAGCAUCUUCUCUUUGUUUUGACGUUCUUUCUCUUUGUAUCAUUUAUCAUAAUCGUAUUGGAGAAGAAUCUGCCUGAACCGAUAACUAUUGAUACAGAGAGAUUGUAUCCAGGGAGAUUUGUAGCUGAACGAGCUCGCAAUCAUAUUGUGAAUUUAACGUCGAUCGGGCCUCGUAUCGCUGGAAGCUACGAGAAUGAAGUCUUAGCUGUUAAAUUUCUCACAUCUACAAUCAAUAAUAUGAUCAGAACAGCGCAUGAAAAUCAUAGGAUAAUCCUUAAUAUUACAAAGCAUAGUGGUGCAUUCCCACUUAAGUUUCUUGAUGGCAUGACUAAUGUUUAUAGAAAUGUGCAGAAUGUUCUUGUCAAAGUUGGACCUCAUAGGCCUACGACGUACAGCUUGUUGCUUAAUUGUCAUUUUGAUUCAUUUCUAGAGAGUCCGGGCGGUUCAGAUGAUGGUGCUGGUUGUGCUGUAAUGCUAGAGAUUUUACGAAUAAUUACUCAAAGCCCUAGAAUAUUGAAGCAUAGCAUUAUAUUUUUAUUUAAUGGUGCAGAGGAGAAUAUAUUGCAGGCAUCUCAUGGCUUUAUAACACAGCAUCCAUGGGCAAAGGAAGUUCAAACAUUUAUAAAUCUAGAAGCCUGCGGAGCCGGCGGUCGCGAAUUAUUAUUUCAGGCUGGACCUCACAAUCCUUGGAUGCUUGAGGUUUAUGCCAAAUCUGUGCCAUAUCCUUAUGCAUCAUCUUUAGCUCAGGAAAUAUUUGAGAGUGGCAUUGUACCUGGUGAUACAGAUUUUCGGAUAUUUAGAGAUUUCGGAAAAAUCUCUGGCGUUGACUUUGCAUGGUCAAAGAAUGGUUAUGUGUACCAUACUAAGUUUGAUAAUGUUGAUCAGAUACCAUUGGGAGCCUUGCAAAGAACUGGUGAUAAUAUUCUUGCAUUGACACAAGGGAUAAUUUUUGAAGAUCAUUUAUCAGACCCAAACAUGCAAGAGACACGAGGAAGUCUCGUAUUCUUCGACUUUUUAGGCGCAUUUGUUAUUAGAUGGCCACAAUAUAUCGCCAAUACAAUUAAUAUCGCCAGUUUAAUUACAGCUGGGUAUUCUAUCUAUUUGAAUAUGCAGAAUGCAUAUAGAAAUAUUAAGAGAGGGACGUACAUGAGACAUGUGACAAUGUGCUUUGGAAUAAUCAUCAUCUCAUGGUUGACAUCCUUGCUUUCUUGUACAUUAAUCGCCCUGAUCUUGACUAAACUGGGAAAGGUAAUGAGUUGGUAUGCGAGACCGGCGUGGCUAUUUUUUUUAUACAUUUGUCCAACUACUUUUGUAUCGAUGAUCGUAUUCUUGCACAUUGGAUCAAGACAGAGAAAGGAAGUUAGCUCCGCAUGGAUCUUAUAUCAAAUGUAUUGUGAUGCGUACACUGUGAUAUGGAUGGCUGUUCUUUCCGUAUGUGUUUUAUUCGAGAUACGAUCGGGCUUUAUACCAUUGCAUUGGGUCCUGUUCCCGGCGAUCGGAAAUAUCAUGCGACAUUAUUUCUUCAACAAAUGGAAAGAUUGGAAAUGGCUUUGUUAUUAUUUGGGAUCAUUGAGCCUAUCCUAUAUACAUUCAUUUUACUUAUUGCUCGGUGCUCUCUAUCUCUUUAUUCCAAUAAUGGGAAGGUCCGGCGGCAGUAUUAAUUCCGAAGUCGUAAUAGCUAACGUGUUAUCAAUAUUAAUCUGUCUGCUAUUUAGUUUCACGUUGCCAAUAGUACUUCUAAUAAAGAAUGCGGAACGAAUUAUAAAUGUCAUAGUUGGGAUUUUCUUAAUUGCUAUUGCUGUGUUAAUUUUAACACCGCUCGGAUUCCCUUACAGUGGUGAUCCAUUGUCGCCUGCCCCAGAACGAUUCAUGAUCGCGCAUACGCAACGUCAGUUUUAUGAUGCAAAUGGUGGUAUUAGGUAUUCUGGUACAGGAUAUUGGUUAGUGGAUUUAGAUAUGAAUAGUCCUCAUAGUGUAGCAUCAAUAGUACCUGAAGUGGCUGCUGCAAUGCCAACAAUCAGAGACUGUGAGAAAGAAUUAUACUGUGGUUUUCCAUAUUUAAUGCCAGUCACAACUUUCUUAUGGAAAACGAGUUGGAUUCCAGGACCCGCUCCACUUAUAAGUGUACCUACAAAACUCAAGAUUAUUUCAAAGACUGCAAAACAGCAUAUGGUUAAUUAUACCUUUAAUGUUACAGGUCCUGAUCACAUAGCUAUAAUUUUAUCUCCAUAUAAAGGUGUUCAUUUAAAAAAAUGGUCUGUGAUUGAUGAAAAACCAUUGCAAGGUCCAAUGUGGAACGAUAGAGAAACUUACUUUAUCUAUUAUGCAUGUGCCUCAGAUUGUAUACCAUAUACAUUUUCUAUUGAAUUAAAUGUGUCCACCGCGCAGAAAGGCCCGUGUUUAUCAAUCGCGUUAGCCGGACACUUUUUGCACGGCGAACACCAAAGAUCUCUGAGAUUUAAGAAAUUUUUGGCGCAGUUUCCAUCGUGGACUGUCAUCGCUCCCUGGACAGCGACGUAUACGUCAUGGGAAUUUUAACGAGAACGGGUAGUAGGAUAAUGAUGCGGUAAGUGCGGACUAAAAUGCAAAGCAAUAUUGUCCUACAGAAUAGAGCAUCUCUCGAAUUAACAAAACAGCCUAAUAAAAUAGCAUUUGAGAUAUAAUUGAAAUCUAAUAACAUGGCUAUAAAAUCGCUUGAAUAUUUUACAUUUAAUCUUUAAUAUUUCUUAAAAUAUUUCGACACUCAAAAAAUAUCGCGGAAGAUUAACGAAAUACAGUAAAGAAUGAAAUAACGUAAUGACGUUCUCAUUCUGAGUUUAUAUGAACUUUUUACUAGAGUGUAUUAUCGUUAACAAAGAUGAUGUCAAAUUAGCAUAAGAUGUUGAUUUAGAUUUAAAUUAUAUACAGAAAUAUCUUAUCAUUAUAUAUACAUAUAGAGAGAAAGUGAAAAGAGCAAAAGAGAUAAUAAAAUCGAGAUUAUAUAGAGAAAUAUUUGCCCAAAUGCUUUAAAAAGUGAUAGCUACAAUUAUUUUUCAUAGAAAAUCGUAUAGUAAUAUUGCAUAUCAUAAGCACGAUUUAGAAUAAUUCUAUGCACUAUUUUUCGAUUUUAUAAUUUCUACAAAUAUUAAAAAAAUCAAAAUCUAGAAAUAUUAAAUGAUAACAUAGAAAUUGUGAUUGCAUGAUAUACGCUCUCUUAGUACACUUCAAAUUUACAGAUUUAAAUAUUGAUACUAAUUCAAAUUGCCAUCCCAAACGAUAAAUCAAUUACCAAUUGUAUGAUUAGCGUAUUGUGCAUGAAUUAUACAAGAACCGUUUAAAUUGUUUAGACUGUUUUAGGCUUUUGAAUACCUUAGAGUUUACGAAUUUGAAAAUUCACGAUUUAAUCAGCCAUAGCUGCUAUUUAGCACAAAAUACAACUCAAUGCCAUGAAAACAUCUUUCAGACUUUCCUCAUAAAUAGACAAUAUCAAUGAUAAGUAAAUAGUAUUUUACAUUUACAUUAUAAUACUAUAGAUAUGACAAACAAAAGUUACUUGAGAUAAAAUUAAAAAUUUAAUAUUUUAUAUUUUGAAUAGUAUAAUAAAAAAAAAACAUUUUUUUAAAUAUAUAUAAAUGUGUGUGUGUGUGUGUGUGUAUAGCAUAUGUACAAACACAUACAUACAGAAUGUGCUUAAUAUGAUACAUUCUAUACUUAAGUUUGAGUUGAUUACAUUCUAUAUGCAUGAAUUUAGAGAAAUUUAUAAGAGUAUCAGAAUUUUAAUUUUGUAAAAGAGCUUUUAUGAGCUUCAUGUUCUAAUUUAUGAACCAUUCCCAUUUUUUCUAGUUUUAAAUAGAUAUUUAGAAAUUUACAUUUUUAAUAGCAUAUCAAAAAAAUUAAGACAUGAGUAUAUAUCUUGAGAUACUUUUCAAUGAUUUUUAUAUAAUAGUCUAAUAUUUUUUGCAUUUAGAUGCUAAUUACUAUCUCUUUAUGUCGUAAUUGUACACAAAUAUCAACAUUAUCUUCAAAUAUAAAUCUUUAAUUUAUGCAAUUUUUCUCUUCAAUAAAAAAAAUAAUUUUUUCACUUAUAUUAAAAAUGUUUCUUAUAUAUUAUGUGUCUUUUUGUACACACGAAGCAUUCACAUUUAAGAUAUCGCACUUUUAACAAUAUGUUCUGCAUGAAAUUGUGGGCCACUUUUUCAUAUCACUAUAUCUAUUCAUAUAUAAUCAUUAAAUCAUAAUUCUGAAUCUGAUUCUUCUAAUAUAAUCUUGACACGAUUCUUCUUCUCCAUCUAUUUCAUAGUUCACAAUUAAUGUCAAUUUAUUCCACGAGUAUAAUGAAGACUAUUUAAUAAAAUUAAUUAGCAGGAUAUAUCUAGUUUCUAUUUCUAGAACAGUUAUAAACUAUGAAAUGCUUUGCUUACUAUCACUAUUGCUUGUGAUGAAAUUUUUGCAAAUUUUUGAGUCCAUUAACAUAGCUGAUUGCUUAAACAAACACUUAUGCCUAUACUGCAAGUUACUCUAUGUAACUAUGUAACCAGAUUAUUCAUUAUACUUGAUAAAAUAAUAUAUGACGAAUAUGAUUAUAUUGCGCGAAACUCUUCUCAUCGAAAUCCUUCGUAAAUAGAAAAAGUUAUUUAUCAAUAUUAGUAAUAAUAAAUAGUACAACGUGGGCGCGUAUUUCAUUAUAUAAAAAAGAAUAAUAGUUUUAUAUAAUAUGUAAAUCAAGAUUUUGUAGUAACAAAAUAGUAAAAUAUUAUAGGAUGAAAAAGUUGAAGCACGUUAGAAAGAAGAACAUUUACGUAAUAUAUUUUUAUAUGCAGUUCAAAUUGUUUCUAUUAUUUGUUAUAUAAUUUACGUUAUAUCGUUAUUUACAUUAUGUUAAUAUUGUUAAACAUUAAUUAGUAGUAGUUUUAUCUAUAUUUGCGUUAAUUAUUUGUAUCCAUUAAAUUGUGGCUGUUUUAUUCAAUUCAUUAAUUUUCUUGCACAUGGUACAUUUUCAAUUUGUUAGCUAAUAAAAAACCGCACAAAUUCAUAUUUAUUUAAUUGAUGUGCACAAAAUUAUAAGCAAUAAUUAUCUCAUAAUUUGAUAGCAGCUAUACGCUACAACGGCUUAAAAAUAAACUAAUAUUAUCGAUUUGUUUGUCAUAUUCAUUUUUUUUUGCACAUUAUAUAUUAUACACAUGAAAAUGUAUCUUUAUGUGUUUUGUGAUUCUUUAAGCAAUCGGUAUUAAUACGAAGAGCUUUAUUAUCAUAAAGCAAAAAUUGCGUAGUUAUAUUAACAGGGUUCUUAUUUUAUUGUUAAGAGUAAAACGAAGUUGAAGUAAUAAUAACAAAGUUUUCUCAUUGUCCCUUGUUUCGAGAAGAUAAUUCUAAAUCAACGCGCAAAAAAAGAUCUUGUGUAUUUUUCGCAUGAAUCGUAGAUAAUUGUAUUUCAGAACAACUUCGUUUUACGCCAAAUACCGGCCAAAGGAUCCAUCCAUUGUGACAUGCGUGUAAUCGCCGAUUCGUUUCUAUUGUCUUAAGUAAAAAAAAAAGCGCCAAGUCCACGCAUCUGUUAAAAAGUUGUUGCGUGCUAUAAUGUAAAAUUUAAACUUUAAUUAUUCAAGCCAUAAAAGUAAUAAUAUUAGAAAAUUGCCAAAAUAAUCACAAUCAAAAAAAUAUACCUUAAAAAAUCACCAUUUCCUUUAUACAACUUUUUAAACAGACACGUGCAUUGUACUUAUGUAUUACUUUUAGACUUUGGAUCACAAUAUAUUUAUUUAUAUGAUAUAUAGAGCAAAAAUAAACACGCUUUAAUUUAUUAGAAUUAGAAAUUGGUCCAGCUAAAAUCUGAUAAUCGGAAGAUAUUCUGAACUAAAUGGCUCGGAUAGAUAAAUGUAAAUCAUGACUUGGCGCGAGACAUUGUCUCUUUUCAUAAUGCGUGCUUUUAGCGAUAAAUUGCGAUAGGCGUAUCAUGGACUUUAAUUCAAGUGAUUUAACGUUCGAUAAGAGAGAGAGAAAAAGCGAAAUAUAUGAUAUAUAUAGUAUAAUAUGUUGUUUUCCCGCACACGCAAAUUUAUUUAUACAUAGGCAUAUGUUCCUGCUUGCGUUUAAGCAUUAUGGAUAUAUAUUGCGAUACUGUUACUUAACAGUUGUUGUUACAUGAUUAAGAAAUUAUAUGAAAAGGAAAGGAAAUAAAGAGAGUUAACGAUACAUUA